CAGCGCUGCGGUCCAAUAUAGCGCAUGCGCGCUGCCGGAGGACUGCUUCACAGACCGCAAUAUGGCGAGAAUGCCUGCCAGCGGAGAUACGGACCGGCAGCAGAUGAGCUGUCCCGAGGAGAGCAGGGAUGAGGAUAAUGAGGAUGAAGAUGAAGAUUAUAUCCAGGAGGUCCAGAUCACAGGGGAGGAGGAGGACGAGGAUUCCGACAGAGAUGCUGUUGAGCUGGAGUGGGAGUCAGGGAGCACUGUGCUGGACUCCAGCGCUUCUGCCGCGGAGACUCAAGUGGUCGUUAUGCGGAGUAUGGACCGCGAAGAGGAGGAGGGCGAGGCGGAUCCCUUCAGCAGCAGCUUCCCUGCUGGGCUGGAGCCUCACCUGGAGGGAGACCUUCAGCGGUCAGAGCGGAACAGGCUGAGCGAGAACACCCGCCUUGCCACUCGGUAUGCGGUAAGGAUCUUCAGGGAGUACCUGAGUGAGAAAGCCCAAAGUCCAGACUUUGAAACUCUGGACAAGGAAGCGCUCUGCGCUGUGCUACGCUCUUUUUACGCGGAGGCGCGCUCUAAAAGUGGACAGCUCUACAGCAAGUCGUCCCUCAUCAGCAUCCGGAGCUCACUGAACCGGUACCUGAACGAGCCGCCUUACUGUCGCACCUUGGACCUCACAAAGGACCCCGAACUGCGCAGCGCCAAUCUGACCCUAGCCGCGGUCAUUCGGAGGCUGGAGGAGCAAGGCGCUGGUCCCGUGGUGCAGAAACAAGCCAUCACGCGCUCUGACCUGCGGAGACUAUAUGAGUCCUCUGUGUUUAACACAGACACGUCAUUCGGGCUGCUAAACAAAGUCUGGUUCGAAACUUGUAUGUAUUUCUGCACUAGGGGCCGGGAGAACCAACGGGAGCUUGAGGAGGACUCGUUUGGCCUGGCCGUUGAUGAGGACGGGAGAAAGUUUGUCUAUUUUAAAGCACUCGGACCGUACCACAAGUCCCGGUCCACUGCCUGGACCAAGAAGCGUCCGGACGCAGACGAGGACACCUUGCCGCGGAUGUAUGAGACGGGCACAGAGCAAUGUCCGUAUGCCAGCUUUGUCCGGUACGUGUCUAAACGGAACCCGCUCUGCAGGGCUUUCUUCCAGAGGCCCCGGGACCAUUGCUGCGCAAACGACGUGACGUGGUACGAGAACAAAGCCAUCGGUAAGAACCUGCUGGGCACGAGGAUGCAGAUGUUGUCGCGCGCUGCCAAGCUCUCCAAGACCUACACCAACCACUGCAUCGGUGCCGUCUCUAUAGCAACGCUUAACAGCAUCGUGGGCGCCGCGGGCUCCAGGCCGACAACGCUUUACGUUGCCACGGAAACGGUGAACGGUCACGCACAGUCCCACCUCCAGCUCGUGAUCCCGUACGUCCAUCGAGCAACCGACCCAGCGGAUGUAAAGCCUCAGCGGUCAGAGACAGACACGGUGUCUACAACCAUAAACACAGCAGUGACAACAACGGAGAGUCGAGGCAGCACAGAGGAGGACCCGGAGGCUCCCCGCGCCAAGAAGCUGUGCGUGCGCCCCCGGACACGCGCGGACUCGCCUGUCGAACUGAACGAGAGGAAAGCCAAAGUGACCCAUGCUAAUCGCAAGCCCACUGUCGGGUCGGUGGUCGCUGUAUCCACACAGGACAGCCGUGAUAGCAGCAGUAUGUCAAGUCAGCAGAUAGUCUCUGUGUCUCCUGGGUCUCCUUUGAGCUCUUCGGGCAUCCCCACACCUGCCAAGCUCACCAAAACAAACGCACCUGUCCACAUCGAUGUAGGAGGACACAUGUACACCAGCAGCCUGGCCACACUCACAAAGUACCCCGAGUCACGGAUUGGCCAUUUGUUCGAUGGAACAGAGCCCAUUGUGUUGGACAGUCUAAAGCAGCACUACUUCAUCGAUCGUGACGGCCCGAUGUUCCGCUACAUACUAAACUUCCUCCGCACUUCCAAACUCCUCAUCCCCGAUGACUUCAAAGAGUAUUCCCUGUUGUAUGAAGAGGCCAGUUUCUUCCAGCUGGGUCCUCUGCAGGCUGAGCUGGAGCGCUGGAGGACAGAGAGGGAAUGUGCUGGGGUGUGUCUGGAGUGUGAGUGUGUCGUGGUACAUGUGGCUCCAGAGCUCGGUGAGAGGAUCAGUGUGAGCACCCACCAGGCUGUGAUUGAGGAGGUGUUUCCUGAGGUCGGAGACAUUAUGUCUCUUAAGACCAGCUGGAACCGAGACACCACAUAUAUCACUCGUUUCCCUCUCAACGACCACUGCCUCCUGAAUUCUGUCCAGGUGUUGGAGCGGCUACAGCAGAGAGGGUUCUGGAUCACAGGCUCAUGUGGCGGUGGAGUGGACUCUUCUCAGUUUAGUGAGUACAUUUUACAGAGGAAGGGCCAACGGAGUCAAAAACUGCCAACCCUCAUCAGAAUCAAACAGGAACUCAUGGACUGAACACGGAGGAAACCAUGGAUCAAUCAGCUACUGUAUUUGCACACAUUAUAGAAACUGUUCUUUACAAGGUUUUGUAAAAAAAAAAAAGUUGAAUGAUAAAUAAAAGCGGCAUGUUAGCAUGAAAGAAGACCAGGCCGUUAUGAAGGGGAGAUUUCACUGUAUUUCUCAUUGCCAAAUUCCCUUUUAACAAUAGUUUGACUAAAGUAAUAGAUCUGUCGGUACAGACCCUUGUGGGGAAUGUCGUAAAAUAUUUUUCUAAUUUUAGGUACCUUUGCAUUAGCAUUACUGCAGAUAUGAACUGGAGGCUAUUACUUAGCAUUGCGCAGUACUUAAACAACCUUUGAUCCCGGUCUAUGAACUGUAAACCUGUAAUAAAUGAUAAUGCAUUUAACAAAUUAAAUUCACUGACUGAAAUGAUACCACAAUGAGAUGCUAAUGUAUUUUUUUUGCAAAUCCUUUGAAUUAAAUACUCAAGUUGAUGAUGAAAUAAUCCUGUAAAUUCAUUCUGCCAUGACACAGCCCUGCUGAUUUUAUUAAUUCCCUAAUGAGAUAUUAAAGGGAAGCUGCUACAGUAGGGUUACUGUGGCAGUUGUUGACACAU